GCCACUCUAGCUGCAGGCUUAUCGGUCAAAUUAAAUUAAAAAAUAAAUGACAAUAAUGUUAGCUUAAUUACCCACACCAUCUUGUAGGUUUAAACUUAUUAUCUUACAAAAUUGAAGAAUUUAAUUGCUGAUCGAAUUGAAGAAGGAACUAACUAAAUUUGCAUGCAUGCAUGCAUGAUCCUGAUCGAUCGAGAAGUCUAUCUAUCGACGCAGGCCGGUUAAUUAAUUAAUUAAUUAAUUGAUUAAUGAACUGAUAAGGCUAGGCCGGGUGAUUAAUUUCCCUGUCGUCGUCAUUUCCCGCGUUGGGUUGGCUUUAUUUUUAUAUAUAGAAGAUAUAGGCAGAUAAUAAUAAAUCAUAUAAGAUCGAAGAAAUGGUCCAACGUGGAAGGAAUUGUAGGAGAUCGGAUGACGAACGGAGGCGGCCAUCAAUGACGUGUAGGUACUUGGAUGUCAUCACUUUCUUUGGAAGAUUAUAUUCAAAUUCAAAAAAUAUUUCAGGUGGCGCGUGGAGUUAGAGAUCAAUUACAUUCCCUUCCCCUCAAGUUAGCUUUUCAUAAAGUAGUCUUUCACAGUGAGACUUUAGUAGAUAUGAUUUUAUAGCUACCACGGAAAAAUCUUGACGAAGUACAAAAAAAUGGUUUUUGAUUCUGAAGAAGAGCAAUCUGAAGAUUACCUAUUCAAGAUUGUUUUGGUUGGUGAUUCAGCCGUUGGAAAAUCAAAUUUGCUUGCUAGGUUUGCUAGGGAUGAAUUUUAUCCAAACUCAAAAUCAACAAUAGGAGUAGAGUUUCAGACGCAAAAGAUGGAGAUAAACGGGAAGGAAGUGAAGGCUCAAAUUUGGGACACGGCUGGCCAAGAACGGUUUAGGGCUGUAACCUCUGCAUAUUAUAGGGGUGCGGUGGGAGCUCUUCUAGUGUAUGAUAUCAGUAGACGGCUGACUUUUGAAAACAUCGGCAGAUGGCUAAAUGAACUCCAGACUCACAAUGACAUGAAUGUAGUGACAAUACUAGUUGGGAACAAAUCAGAUCUCAUUGAUGCCCGAGAAGUAACCAUAGCCGAAGGCAAAGCCUUGGCUGAGGUGGAGGGUAUGUUCUUCAUGGAAACAUCAGCACUCAACUCGUCAAACGUAUCGGCAGCCUUCCAAACCAUUGUCAAGGAAAUCUAUAAUAUCUUGAGCCGCAAGGUCAUCCAAUCUCAAGAGCUCAAACAAGAUGAUUCUGACCGGCUUGCAAGUGGGAAAACAUUAGUUUUGCAUGAUGAAGAAAACAAAGAAGCUACAAAAGGAAAAGAAAAGAAAGGCAUGUGUUGUUCAAUAUGAUUAUUUGGGAGGGACACUAUUCUCUUAUCAUCUCCCAUCUUGUAAAUAUAUAUUCUUUUUCGUAGAAUCUUUAUACAACUAAAUACAUGUAUGAACUAAAAAUGUUGAUAUUGUAGCUUCCUUGAUGAGGGAAAGAACCAUCUUUUGAUAGUAGGGAAAGAACCAUUUUUUUAUCAUAGGGAAAGAACCAUUUAGAUAGUGAAAGGACCUGAAUGUGUAAAAUAAAUUGUAUAUAUUUUUAAAUUUUUGUUUUAGUUUUCAUACUUUAGUUGUAGCAGAAGGAGCGUAAGUGCUUCAUUUUCUUUCUCUCCAGCUUCUCAACAUUUAUUUGCCUUUUCAUUAUUAGACAUGUCAAAACCUUAGUUACACAUUGUGUCAAUGAAAACACUAAAAUGAAUGCAAAGUGGUUAGUUGUUUAAUUUCAAGGUUCUUUAGGUAUUAAGUUUGGGUGAAAUUAAAUUUGAAUUGGUCAAAGCUUACUACACACAAAACAAAGUGAAAAGUAGCAUUGUGUUCCCAUUUAAAAAUUAAACAUUAAAAUGGAAGAUAACCAUAAAAUAUCAAUAAUAAUUGAUAAAAAUCAAACAAAAGCAUCAAAACUCAUCCCGGCCUUGGUUAUGGCAGAUCUUUUCUUUGAGGGUGGUGCACAACUCAAGAGAUGGGCAGCGG